GAUCUGUUUGUUGUUAUAGAAGUUAUACCAGACCCGGUUUUGAAACGAGACGAUACAAAUAUUCUCUACACUUGCAAGAUAUCGUAUAUUGAUGCGAUUUUAGGGACAACACUGAAAGUGCCAACAGUGGAUGGGACAGUAGAUUUGAAAGUACCAGCAGGGACACAGCCUAGCACGACGCUUGUGAUGGCGAAAAAGGGAGUUCCAGUAUUGAACAAGAGUAAUAUGAGAGGGGAUCAGUUGGUGAGGGUGCAAGUGGAGAUACCUAAGAGAUUGAGCAAAGAGGAGAAGAAACUUAUUGAAGAGCUUGCUGAUGUGAGCAAGAACAAGACUGCUAAUAGCACCAGUAGAUGAUUAGAA